CAUCUCCCUUGCUAUUAACGUCUAAAUAAAGUGGUCUCCAACGAAAGUUCCAGCAAUUGAUUCUGUCAAUUUAUUGUCAGUAGCUCAAGUUUAGCAGCAACGUGUUCAUACCUUUACCAGGCUAUAAUCAAGCAUCUGUAGUAGCAAUGGCAUCUACUGAACCUGAAACCAUGGAAACCGAACCUGUAAAAGAGCAACCUGUAGGCAUUGGUAAUGACUUGACCGAAAACAAAGACGGAGGUGUCUUAAAAGAAAUUUUACGAGAAGGCGAAGGGGACGAUAAACCAUCCAAAGGAGAUAAAGUAUCCGUGCAUUACGUUGGUACAUUACUGGACGGGACAAAGUUUGAUUCGAGUAGAGACAGAGGAGAACUGUUUACAUUUAAUUUAGGGAAAGGACAAGUAAUCAAAGCAUGGGACAUCGGUGUUGCAUCAAUGAGAAAGGGAGAGUUGGCAAGGUUGACUUGUAAAUCAGAGUAUGCUUAUGGUGAAACAGGAUCACCCCCAACAAUUCCUCCUAAUUCAACAUUGGUAUUUGAGGUGGAACUGUUUUCAUGGGAAGGUGAAGAUGUUUCCCCAAAUAAGGAUAAAGGGAUCAUUCGAUCCAUACUACAGGAAGGUUCAAAUUAUAAAACACCAAGUGACUUUGCUAAAGUAACAAUAAAUUAUUCAGUUCAACUGGAUCAACAAGUCCUUGUUGAACCUACAACAUCUACUUUUACACUUGGGGAAUCUGAAGAUCCCAUAAUUACUACUGGUCUAGAAGCUGCAAUAAAAAAGAUGAAGGAAAAAGAAAAGUCCAAGUUCAUUGUCUCUCCAGCAUAUGCUUAUGGCAAAGAUGGUAACAAGGAACUUGGUGUACCACCUAAUGCCACAUUAACAUAUAAUGUGGAACUUGUUUCUUUUGAAAAGGCAAAGAAAUCAUAUGAAAUGGAAACACCAGAAAAAUUAGAGCAAUCUGAAAUUAGAAAGGCUAAAGGCACAGAGUUUUUUAAGAAAGGUCUUACUGAUAAAGCAAUAUUGAAUUACAAUACAAUUAUCGAAUAUUUAGAAAGUGAAACCACAUUAGAAGGUGAGGAGAAAGAGAAGAGAGAUGCCCUAGUGCUAGCAGCCCACUUAAACUUAGCAGCUUGUGAAUUACGGCUUGGGGAAGACACCAAAGUUAUUGAGCAUUGUAACAGUGCUUUGGAUAUCAGCAAAGACAAUGCUAAGGCUUUUUUUAGGAGGGCACAGGCUCACCAGAAUCGCAGAGAUUAUGAAUUGGCUGUUCAGGAUUACCAAAAAGUGGUUGCUCUAGAGCCUGAGAAUAAAGCUGCCAAGAAUCAAAUCAUUGUGUGCAAGAAGAGAAUCCAGGAGGAGCAUCAGAAAGAAAAGCAGUUGUAUGCUAACAUGUUUAGUCAAAUGACACAACAGAGUGCCAAGGUGGGCGAGAACUGACAGCAGUGAUGAAAGUGUAUUUAAGGAAGGAAUUGGCGAAUGGAAUAAUGAAAUGGCAGCAGGCAUGAUGCCCCUAGAUCAGGAAGUGGCGGCUUUCGGUGAGACUAUGCCCUUAGGUACAGACAACAACCAUGGGAAUAUUCACUGACAAUGACCUUGUAACUGUCAAUGAUCUGUUGAUGUUCAGUUUGGAAAGAGAGGUUCCUUCAGUUUUCUUAGGCUCAGGCUCACAUCUCCCCAAGUUUUUUCCAGUAUCUUUAGUGACUUUCCUAAACAAAAAAAAAGAAAUCUUAUUGUGCCACCGGCUUUGCUGUUGUGCUACCAGCUUCUAGAUUUGUUCUUGUGUACUGCUUGUUUAAUAUUGAUUUAAAGUUGCUAUCAAAUGAAUUUUAUAUUUGAGUUAAGUUUAUGCCAACAAAUUGAGUCUCAGGUAGUUGUACAUACCAUUAGGUCAGCCUUAGUUUCUAUAGGCCAUGCCAGAUUCACAUAGGACAAGUGUGGGACCAGAGCUGUCUUGUGAGGACUUACAGUUCAUGCCUAUCUGUCAGAUUUUGGUUUUUAUUGAAUAUUUGUUUUCAUUAUUUUCCUUUAUAUACUAUACAUUUUUGUUAAUUGUUACCAAUAACUUUUCUAUUUUAUUUCUAAAAGAAAAGCUUUUUGCUUGCAUUUUAUGUUGUUUCAUAUUUGUUUAACAAAAAAAAAUCAUCACAAUAAGCACUGCCAUAUUUCCAUCACCAUUUUAAAAAUACAAUUUGUUCAUUACAUGAAAA